AUGGCAGGCUUCUCAUAUGUGGCCACUUUCUUUCUCUUUCUGACUAAGCUCUGCAUUGGCCAGAGAGAAGUAACAGUUCAGAAAGGACCACUGUUCAGAGCUCAAGGUUACCCUGUCAGCAUUGGCUGCAAGGUAACUGGCCACCGGGGACCCUCUGAGCAGCAUUUCCAGUGGUCUAUUUACCUGCCGUCAGCCCCGACCCAGGAGGUUCAGAUCGUUAGCACCAAGGAUGCCGAUUUCUCCUACGCAAUGUAUGCACAGCGGGUGCGAAACGGAGAAAUCUACGUGGAGAGGGUCCAGGGCAACUCAGUCUUGUUGCACAUCUCGGAGCUCCAAAUGAAGGAUGCUGGCGAGUAUGAGUGUCACACACCGAACACUGAUGGGAAAUACUAUGGGAGUUACAGUGCAAAGACCAAACUAAUUGACUUUAUGCUGAUCCCCGGGCCCUUGUAUACAGAGAGGUUUGCAGCCGGCGAUGUGCGGUUCAGCAAGCUUGGGGCCACGACCUUCACGCUAUCCAUAGAGAGGCUCCAGCCCUCAGAUCAAGGCCAGCUGUUCUGUGAGGCAGUGGAAUGGAUUCAGGAUCCAGACGAAACCUGGACGUUCAUCACCAAAAAGCAGACAGAUCAAACCACUCUGAGGAUUCAGCCAGCAGAUCUGAAACCCACAGCAAGAAGUGUGGUUAUGUCUACUAAGAACAAGCAGCAAGCUGUGUGGGAAGGAGAGGCACUCAUUCUUCUCUGCAAGGUGGGUGGACCUGAAAGUCCUCUGGCUGUGAACUGGUCGCACAUCCCACAGGACCAGACGCAGCCUGAGUUUGUGGCUGGCAUGGGGCAGGAUGGCAUUGUGCAGCUGGGUGCUUCCGAUGGGCGAGCCAGUUACCAUGGCAACAUAAGGCUGGAGAAAGUGGACUGGGCCACCUUCCGAAUGGAGAUCACCUCCACCACCCUCACAGACAGUGGCACGUACGAGUGCAGAGUGUCUCAGAGGACCCGGAACAAGGCCAGAGACCUGAGCUGGACUCAGAAGAUUUCAGUCGCUAUAAAAUCUCUGGAGUCCAGUUUACAAGUUAGUCUGAUGAGCCGUCAACCACAAGUGAAGUUAGCCAACACCUUUGACCUGUCCUGCAUAGUAAGGGCCGGCUACUCUGACCUCAAGCUGCCACUCACUGUGACAUGGCAGUUCCAGCCAGCUGGAGCACAAGACUUUUAUCAGCUUAUUCGGAUCACCCAUAAUGGCACUAUUGAAUGGGGGGAUUUCCUAUCCCAGUUCCAAAAGAAGACGAAGGUUUCACAGUCUUCAUUUCAUUCUAAACUCCUAAUCCAUGAUGCCACCGAGGAAGAGACAGGAGUGUAUCGGUGUAAAGCAGAAGUUUAUGACAGAAAUUCCCUACACACCAAUGGCCCUGCAAGGGCUUCUGUCAUCUCUCACCCAUUGAAAAUAGCCAUCACUUUACCAGAGAGCAAGCUAGAAGUGAAUUCAAGCAGUCAAGUCCAAGAGAUAUCCAUCAACUCGAACACUGAUAUAGAAUGUAGCAUCGUGUCCCGGUCCACUGGAAACCUUCCGUUAGCCAUUAUUUGGUACUUUUCUCCCAUUUCCACUAGUGCAUCCUGGCUGAGGAUCCUGGAAAUGGACCAAACCAAUGUUGUAAAAUAUGGGGAUGAAUUUCACACUCCAAGGAGGAAACAAAAAUUUCACACCGAGAAAGUUUCCCAAGACUUGUUUCAGCUGCACAUUCUGAAUGUAGAAGGCAGUGAUCAGGGCAAAUAUCACUGUGCUGUGGAGGAAUGGCUCUUGUCUACAAAUGGCACUUGGCUCAAGCUUGGAGGAAAGAAGUCAGGACUAACAGAAUUGAAACUCAAGCCCACAGGAAGUAAGGUCCACGUCUCCAAAGUGUACCGGACAGAAAAUGUUACUGAGCAAGGAGAGGUGACCAUCCACUGCAGCCUGGAGAGUUUGGGCAGCUCAGCCUCCCUGUACUCUGUGAUGUGGUACUGGAACAGAGAAAACUCUGGAAAUAAAUUGCUGGUGCACCUGCGGCAUGAUGGUUUGCUGGAGUACGGCGAAGAGGGGCUCAGGGGGCACCUGCACUGUUACCGCACAUCCCCUGCAGACUUUGUCCUGCAGCUUCGUCACGUGCGGAUGGAGGACGCUGGAAUGUAUUGGUGCACGGUGACAGAGUGGCAGCUCCAUGGACACCCAAGCAAGUGGGUCAACCACGCAUCAGAUGAGUCCCAGCGGAUGGUGCUAACAGUGCUGCCUUCAGGUACUUAG